AUGGCGAACCGCUACGGUGGCUAUGGCCGCAACGGCAACGGCUAUGGGGGCUUUGUCCGGAAGAAUAGCGGCGAGGAAGACUACGAUACCUACGCCGAUGGUUACAGCAGCGGCGACCGCUACGUGACGCCCCCGAGUAUUCCCUCCGCCCGCACGACCCCCUCCCAAACCUCCCUCCCUCUGCGCGCCCCUCCCUCGCGGUCCCAACUCCAGGCCCAGCAGCUCAACCAGCAGGCCCAGCAGGCCCAGUGGACGCACGCCGAGAGGCAGAUCAACGACGUGCUGGGUAUGAUACAGAAGGACUGGCCGAACCUCUGCGAGGAUGACUGCGUCCCGGUGCAGCUAGCGCUGCAGCUGCUCGACAACAGCUCCGUGGGGAGGGCACACGAGUACGGCAACUUCCAGCAGACGCACCAAGACCUGCAGAACUCCCUGAAAGCCAUCGUCCACGACUACCACCAGGGUUUCAACUCGAGCAUCGGCACGUUCCACAAGAUCCAGGGGAGCAUCAUAGCCAGCCAGAAAAGAGUGCGCGUGUUGAAGGACAGCCUCGCCAACAGCAAGACUGCGCUGUGCACGACAGACCCAGAGCUGAAAAAGCUGUACAACUCAAGCCAGAUGUACGACGACUUGCUGCAGACACUGAACGAGCUAGAGGAGCUGAGGCAGGUGCCAGACCAGCUGGAGGCUAGGAUCUCCGAGAAGAGGUUCCUGACGGCGGUCGAAGUGCUGCAGAACGCGCUGCGGAGGCUAAGAAAACCCGAGCUGGAUGACAUUGGGGCCCUGAGCGAGCUCAGAAGCUACCUGGCAAACCAAGAGACGGCUCUGAUGGACAUCCUAGUGGAGGAGCUGCACGAGCAUCUAUACCUUAAAUCUCCUUACUGCCAGGAGAGGUGGCAGAACUUGGCAAAGAGCCAGGGGGCGUUCCGGGAUGACAUUGCAGAGUCAGGAGCGGUGGUCCCUUUCUUCGAAGUUCUGGCUAGUAUGGAUCUCGACAGCCCGAUACAGGAGGACCCUGGCAGGAAUCCCGAGUCCGAUACCUUCUCGUACGUCGCCCUGUUGGUAGAGGCUCUGAACAAGCUAGGUCGUCUGGAAACUGCUGUCGAUACGAUCAAGCAGCGGUUGCCAGUCGAAUUAUUCAGCGUUGUAAACGAGACGAUCAAUGAGGUGGACCACAAGCACCCGAGCUCGCUGAGAGGCGUCUCCAACGGCUCAGGUGGACUUCACAUCUACAGCAACCGGGAGACGCAGAUGAGAGCAGAUGUCAUCUACGACCUGCUCUGGACAUUGUACGGAAAAUUUGAAGCGAUAGCAGAAGGACAUCGGCUUUUCCACGAGUCCAUCAAAGCACUCAUCCGACGAGAAAGUGGCGGUAAUAACGCUACCCUCCUGGGAAGCUUCAAGGAGCUAUGGAACCUAUACCAGAACGAGAUACGGUCCUUGUUGCACAACUACGUGACGACCGAUGCGGAUUUGUACCAGUUCAACACACCUCUCCCAGGCGCGACGAAUGGCAGACUAGAUGCGCAUCGUGAACACCUCUUCAAGUUCAACGAGGCAGACUCGAAGGCCGCGGAGCUAGUCGUGGAAUUUGAGGAGCUUGACAAGACCAUCGAACAAGCCGUGCCUGGUCUGACCGCCGGUCAGAUUAAAGGCAAGGGCGACAAGAAGGCUGGAAACCGGGUAAAUGAGUCGAGGAAGAGCACGGCUUUCACGUAUGGCAGCCGUGAUCAGCAAGAGAGUUACAAGUCGCUGGUGGAGCCAAACGUCUUCAACAUGAGCUUGUUGCUGCCGCCGACCCUAGUGUUCCUCGGGAGGCUGAAGAACAUUGUGCCUCCAGGCUCAGACCUAGCAACCAGCACACUCACGACCUUCUUGGACAACUUCCUGGUGAACGUCUUCCAGCCGCAACUGGACGAAACCCUGGGAAAGCUGAGCGAUGCGGUGUUUGGCGAGGCGGACGCCUUCCAGCAGGAUGCGGACUGGAGCCAAACGGCCCGGCGGCCUGUCUUCAAAGGUGCCACAGAUUUCUUCGCCGUCGUCACGGCGUUCUGCAAGAUGUUGGACACGAUACCGCAUGAUCAGGCAUUGAGCUCGCUUAUCAUCACGCAGAUGAUGCGGUACUACGACCGGUGCUUUGGCUGGUAUAAGACGCUGGUCACCAAGACACAGGAGGGGAACACCACAACUCAGGCUCUGCGUGCUUCAGCCGUCAUGGCAACUGACAACGGCGAGAUACACAACACUGUCCAGAAAUUGUGGACAGCCGAUACUCUUGAUCUCGAUCUUCUCGACAAGGAGGUUGGGCUCUUGAUCACGGAGACCAACGAGAAAUCUCUCCAGAUCGGUGACAUUAUAUUUGACAGGGAUACGAUCUCUUCGCUCUGUCUACUCUAUACCAGCAUGAAAUGGCUGUCCGUAAAGGUCUCGAGUCUCCGACAUAUCACGCGGAACGAGACCGACUCCAACCGGUCUAGCAUACCCAAGCCCGGAAAGCGGAGGUGGACUCUGCUCAAUGACUUGAGCAAGGCGACAACCGAAGAUGGACCGGUGUUCCUUCCAAUGACGCAGGAGACAGUCCAGUCUUUCGACGGCGUCGUGUCCUCGUACGAGGAAUUGGCCGCCACGUCCUUGCUCACCCUUCACAUGGAGGUUCGGUGUCGCAUCGCCUACUCUCUGCGUGUUGUCCUCGACCCCAAGACAGCACCCUAUCUCCUCGACCAAGACGUCAAGGAGCCCGACCCCCAGAUCAUCUCCCUCAACUCAGAGCUAGUCGCCUACGAUGAAACGAUCGUUAAAUAUCUGCGCGAGCGCGAGGUUGCCUUCAUCAGGACCGGUCUGGGCCUACUGAUCAAUUCAUACCUUGUGUCCAACGCCUCCAAGGUAGCGCCUAUCAACUCGAGAGGCUCAGGCCGCAUGCAACUCAACAUCUUGGUACUACAACAAAACCUCAAAAACAUCGAGGCCGGCGUGGACCUGGCACGUGCGGCCAACUACUGGGCGCUGUUCGACCAGGGCGCAGACGCCAUCGUCACGAAGGCGAAAGAUGAUGCCGCCAAGGCAGCUGCUGGGGAAGGCAUGGACGGUGCCGCUCCGAUCGGGCGAGACCCAGAUCGAUUUACGUACGAUGAACUCAAGGCGCUCAUCGAGCUCUGCUAUAGUGAGAUGUUGGCGAGUAAGGAGAGGGGUAUCGAGAACAGUGCUAGAAGAGCGAUGGGCGACAAGCUGCUUGAGCUUAGCGAGCACAUGUGGCAGAGCUGA